CCUUCUCCUGUUUUAUCAUUCUCAGCCCCAAAUCUCACAUCCCACAUCCCACAUCUCCCGGACCCACACAGAAUCAUAGGAUAGAUACUCACUUCCAAGGUUGUCUGCUUAUUCUACAUCCUGAUAUUUCUCGACUAUAGUUCCUCUUCAAACGAAUAGUAAACCUCGCCAUCUCUUAACCAAUCCUAAUCGCUCAUCUUUGAUCAACUUGUAAAAUGUCCGGUUGGGGUCACGACCAAAAUUACGGCGGAGGAUAUAACCAACCUCCUCCUCAUCAAGGAUAUAAUCAGCCUCAUCAGGGAUAUAAUCAACCACCCCAAGGAUACAAUCAACCACCUCAAGGAUACAAUCAACCACCUCAAGGAUACAACCAGCCUCCUCAAGGAUACAACCAGCCUCCUCAAGGGUAUAAUCAGUAUGGUCCGCCUUCUGGUCCUCCCUCGGGUCAUAAUCAAUAUGGGGCUCCUCCCGGUCCGCCUCCCCAGCAACAUGGCUACAACCAAUAUGCCCCUCCGUCUGGACCUCCGCCUCCUCAGCAGCACGGGUAUAACCAGCAUUCCUCUUCAAAUCACCCGCCGUCUUCGUAUAGCCAAGGAUCUAACCGCUAUCCGCCGCCUUCUUAUCCCCCACCGCACGGGUUAGAUCCGUAUGGAUAUCCCGUUCACUCCGGCGGCCCUCCCGUUCAAGGUUACGGGGGCCAGCACCGAGCCGGCCCUCCUCCGCCAAGUGCUCCACAGCAAUUCGGUCACGGCGCACCUGAUGGUUAUACUUUCCAGUAUUCCAAUUGUACCGGUAAACGUAAGGCAUUGUUGAUCGGCAUCAACUAUUUCGGCCAGAAGGGUGAACUACGUGGUUGCAUCAACGAUACGAAGAACGUUUCCCAGUUUCUUAUCGAGCGCUACAACUAUAAGAGAGAGGACAUGAUAAUCUUGACUGACGACCAACAAGACCCUAUCAUGGUGCCGACCAAGACGAACAUGCUUCGAGCUAUGGAAUGGCUUGUUUCUGGUGCUCGUCCUAAUGAUGCAUUGUUCUUACAUUACUCAGGUCAUGGCGGACAGACAAAAGACGAAGAUGGAGACGAGGAAGACGGCUACGACGAGGUUAUUUACCCCGUCGACUACGAAACCGCCGGCCACAUUGUUGAUGAUCAGCUCCAUCAUAUAGUCGUUAAGCCUCUUCAAGCAGGUGUGAGGUUAACGGCAAUCUUUGACUCAUGUCACUCCGGUUCGGUUCUAGAUUUACCGUACAUCUACUCAACUAAGGGUGUUCUAAAGGAGCCUAAUCUUGCAGCCGAAGCUGGGCAAGGGCUGCUUAAGGCGUUCUCUUCUUAUGCUCAGGGCGAUGCAGCAGGAGCUGCCAGCGCCAUCUUUGGCCUUGCCAAGACUGCGUUCAGAGGAGAUGACGGGUAUAAAAAGACCAUUGAAACCAAGACCUCGCCCGCAGACGUCAUCAUGUGGUCAGGCAGCAAGGAUGAUCAGACAUCUGCGGACGCGACUAUUGCAUCUCAGGCAACCGGGGCGAUGUCUUAUGCUUUUAUCACAGCUCUUAAGCAGGACCCUAAGCAGAGCUACGUGGAACUACUCAAUAGUAUUCGCGACGUGCUAGAAACCAAGUAUUCCCAAAAGCCACAGUUGUCUUGCAGCCACCCUCUCGAUACAAGUCUCUUAUUCGUUAUGUAAGCUGCUGGAAAUAGGAUAUGUGUUGGACGAGGUCGGCUUGAUGUUGAUGAUAGGAAACAUACCUCCUACUAAACUGCGUCACUUUUAAGCUAACAGAGCAUACAAGCGGAAAUUUAGCAGCAGGGU